UUUGAUCCGGGCCAAACGGUCCACAGUGGCUUUGAACGGUGAGAAAACACGUGGGACAGUAACCUUGGAGGUUCUGAAUAUCGCUUCAACUUCUCGCGACAUUUAAAAACUUCAAUAAGAUGAACUCACUGUGCCUGUUGUCACUUGUGUCGCCAGAGAGAGCCGUUGGUCGCCGAGCAUCCGUUUUUUUUAGCUGAAGAUUUUCCUGCAGCCGGCCAGAAGAUCCACUGUCACUAUCACCACUAGCUAGCACUACCACCCCGGCCAUGAGCGACGACGAGCAGACCAAGCUGCUGGAGUGUGCCGGUCCCCUGUCUGCAUCGCCCGGGAAGAAACCCCCGCGGAUGCCGAAGUGCUCCCGGUGCAGGAACCACGGCUAUGUGUCGCCCCUGAAGGGACACAAGCGCUUCUGCAACUGGAGAGACUGCCAGUGCCAGAAAUGCAAACUGAUCGCGGAGCGGCAGAGAGUAAUGGCUGCCCAGGUGGCUCUGCGACGGCAGCAGGCUCAAGAGGAGGAGAUGGGGCUCUGUAGUCCGGUCAGUCUGCCCAGUCAGGAGGUUGUUGUGAAGAAUGAGCCCACUGGAGACUGUCUGUCCUCGGCGUCUGGAGGACGAUCACCUGCCGCUGGUGCCUCACCUUCUAAUGCAGGUAGUCGUUCCGGCCUGGCGUCCAGCCCCACAGCGUUCAGUAGGGGGCAGUCUACUGAGGGAACAGCUGACCUCCUGGUGGACACGUCCUACUACAACUUCUACCAGCCGUCCCGUUACCCUGCAGCCUACUACAACAGCCUGUAUAACUACCAACAAUACCAGCAGAUGCCGAACGGCGAGAGUCGCUUAUCCAGCCACAACGUGUCUCCCCAGUACCGGAUGCACUCCUACUACUCUGCUGCCUCCUACCUGAGCCAGGGCCUGGGGAUGGGGACCACGGGGUUAGGCCAGGGGUUAGGCCAGGGAUUAGGCCAGGGAUUAGGCCAGGGAUUAGGCCAGGGGUUAGGCCAGGGAUUAGGCCAGGGAUUAGGCCAGGGAUUAGGCCAGGGAUUAGGCCAGGGAUUAGGCCAGGGAUUAGGCCAGGGGUUGGGGACCACGGCAGCCUGUGUUCCCCCCAUCUUCUCUCUGGAGGACAACAACACCUGCAAUGAGACCAAGCAAGCCUCCUUCUCCCCGGUCAGCGGAGGUGGUAACGGCCAUGACGGUCUGUCCUGUCUGUCCAUCAGCUCUGAGGGGAAGACUGAGUGUGACCAGGGACAGGGUUUUACUGUCGACUCCAUCAUAGAGGGAAACAACAAAUAACCAGAGCGAGGAAGAGGAAGAGGAAGAGGAGGAGGAAGAGGAGGAGGGAAACAACAAAUAACCAGAGCGAGGAAGAGGAAGAGGAAGAGGAGGAGGAAGAUGAGGAGGGAAACAACAAAUAACCAGAGCGAGGAAGAGGAAGAGCAGGAGGAAGAGGAGGAGGGAAACAAUCUAAAAUCACACCCUCUUUUGAAAUAUAAUAUAAUUGUUGAAAUAAAGGUUUUGUUUCUGUAAACCUUCUUCCAAUGUUGUCAUUAUGAAGAUAUCGGAAGUGUCGUUAUCUUUCCAGUUAUAUGAGAGGCUCUAUAGAAAUGGUUCUGGUGAGGCCAUGGGGAAGGUGAACAGACAGGUAGUUAUGUUGCCUCCCUAGCUCUAUGCCAGUCUAUACCAGUCUAUACCAGUCUAUACCAGUCUAUACCAGCCUAUGCCAGUCUAUACCAGUCUAUACCAGCCUAUACCAGUCUAUACCAGUCUAUACCAGUCAAUACCAGUCUAUACCAGUCAAUAUCAGUCUAUACCAGUCUAUACCAGUUUAUACCAGUCUAUACCAGUCUAUACCAGUCUAUACCAGCCUAUACCAGUCAAUACCAGUCAAUACCAGUCUAUACCAGUCUAUACCAGCCUAUACCAGUCUAUACCAGUCAAUACCAGUCUAUACCAGUCUAUACCAG